AUGAAGGCGAGUUUUGAUGAAUUGCCAAAGAAUGAUGUCGUGGAUGUGUUGCUCACGCGCGAUUGGCCCGCGGGUACGCUUGACGUGCACGGACGCGAGGUUGGGAGCGAGGCAAAGAGCGCGAGUUCGACUGGCAGUCCAGUGUCUCGGGCGUUGGCGCUGACGCUCGCGCCGAGGUAUCACUUCGCGGGCUCGCAUCCGUUCUUCUUCGAGCGUGAGCCAUACAUUAACGUAAAAACGGGCUCGAGUGAUCCAGCAUCGGCUCAGUCGUGGGUGACGCGAUUCAUUAACAUUGCGUACUGCAGCAACGCCGACGGCGAGAAAUGGAUGCAUGCGUUGAAGAUUGAACCCGGGUCAGCGAUGGAUCGCGCGCUGUUGUGCAAGAUUCCACCAGAUACUGGCCCGAACCCGUAUUUAGGCGCUCCAGGACAGAAGCGUCGAGCGGCGGAUUUACAGCCGGACUGGCGCGACGGAGCAAAGAAACCGAAAACGGAUGCUCGCGGCGGAAACCGCGACGCACGAGACAUCAAGGGCGAUUUAGACAAGACUAUCUACGUCCGAAACUUGUCGUGGGACGCCGAAGAAGGCGCCAUCGCGGAGUAUUUUGCGCAAGCCGCACUCGAGCGCAAUCAAGCGUCAUUCUUCGGCAGAGAUAUCACGGUGGAGAUGGCAAAUGCACCAUCGGAACGACAGCCGCGUCGGCCGACCCCGGGCGUCGCCCCGGGCGGAUGCUGGUUCUGCUUGUCAAACGAGAAGGAUUUGCACUUGGUAGCGAGCAUAGGCUCCGAGUGUUUCGUGAGCAUGGACAAGGGUGGUCUCACGCAUGAGCACUGUCAAAUAGUUCCCGUCGAGCACUUGCCGUGUUUUGCAAACGUACCCGAGAGCACGGCGACUGAAAUGUGGAAUUACAUUGGCGCGUUGCGUCGUUACGCCGAGUCAAAGAGUCACAAGCUCGUGAUUUUCGAGCGUUAUCUCGAGUUGCUAAGCAAAGGUGGAAAUCACUGCCACAUGAACUGUGUGCCCGUCGAAGCCGAUCGCGCUGUGCUCUCGGAGAAGAUAUUCAAGCAAGCGGCGAAACGUUUAGACUUUUCGUGGACGAAGCUCGAACCUCCGGCGAACGCCGCCGACGCGCAAGCCGCCAUCAAAUCCGUCGCUGGCGACGGCGAAUACUACGCCGUGCAUCUUCCAGACGGUUGCAUCCUGAUCCGCUCCAUCGAGAGAGGUGAGAAACACUGGAUGCAGCUCGGUCGCGAAGUCAUCUCUCACCUCAUCAAGGCUCCCGAGCGCGCGAACUGGCAAAGUUGCAUGGAGGACGAAGCGAAGGAAACCGAGCGCACGACCGCCUUCGUCGAAGCGUUCGAUUCGUUCGACCCGAUGAAGCAGGGAUAA